AUGGCCAAGAAAUUACUACUCCCCUCGAAAUCCUCUCCCACAAUCUUUUCUCCUCCGAUUCAGCCUCUCCCAGAUCUGCUUGAGAGGUGGAUCGUUGCUCCUGAGCCACCACCGCCGCCGCUCUUAGAUCUGCUAGUAACAGUAACAACUUUCGUCGGUGUUCCCGACGAGACACUUUCGGGCCUUCGUGGCCUUGGUAUUUUACGAACCUAUAUGUCGGCUCCCAUGGAAUCCGGCAAGCUUUCGAACUGCUUUGUCUUCAGCUCGAGACAAACUCCUCAGUCACCGGCAAAGUCCCCAGACCUGCUUCAGAGGAUGGGUAGGUUUCAUUUCCUAGAUCCGAGCUUAUUCUCGAGUCCCAUAAGUCUUCUUCUCCUUACCGUCUCCGGUGACUACGACCUAAAAUCAACUAUCGGUGGCUGCUCCCAACUUCCCCGGCGGGGCUCCUCCUCGCCGACCAGUCAUCUCGGCGGCUCCUCUGCAGACGCCUAA